AUGGCAAGACUACGAUCCAGCUCGAGGACGAAGCAAGCAACGGUUGCAAGUAUGAUUGACGUGCGCGACAUCGACUUCAAGCAUCUAUGGAGGCAGCUACGCUCGGUGGGCUGGGCAUCGAAGAGACCUUCGAGGCUCACAAACCAGUGGACGUAUACGUCGCCGAAUGGGCAGUCGUUCGUUGGUGAGGAUGCCGUGGUGACCUUUGCCAUCGAAUCGGGUCUCAUUAGGGACGGGAGUGGCGAGAGUGAGGAGGAGGCAAGCGGGGGCGAUGUUGUUUCAAUGGAGGGUCCUGUGAACGCCUCACAAAUCGACACAUCCGUUGCGCUGUCACAGAACACUAUCUCGGCGAUGUUUGGCUCGGACAGAGACUCCGAGCCUGCCCAGCUGGAGCAGUCUGACCAGGGCAUGAAUGUGGGGGCGCUCCAGCGUCUUUUAUCAGGAGCUGGAUCAAACAAUUCUGACAACGGGAGAGGCAGUGACGGCGGCAGUGUGAAUGACGGUGGGAGUGUAGAGGACGAUGUCCACGUCACUAUACCGAUCGACGACGUGAAUGUCAUGGUGGAUGGAGAGUUGUCGGAUGAGUACGAAGCCAUCGAUUCCAGUGGCAGCGACAGUAGUGACAACAGUGGCGAUGAUAUCAUUGAGCGUCGCGAGUAUCCUGACGACGAACCAGCGCCUGACGAGGAAGUUGCUCGCAUGGAUGAUGCAUUUGUGGAAGGAUUGGGAGGUACACUUACGCUUGACGCGAUAGACAAGGACGCACUUCGAAGCAGCAACUGGGAGUACCCUGGUUUGUCUCCUGACGUCGCCGCUCCCACGCGCGAGCUACAGGAAUUGGCCGACUCCCCUAUGAUGUUACUAUUCUACUUUCUACCGAAAUCACUGUGGGUGAGCAUCACCAAAGAGACGAACCGCUACAAGAAGCAAACCGCAAAUGCUAGGGCAAAACGAAUCCGGUCGCUGCAGCGGAAGCGCGGCGCAGCGACCCCUGAGACAAUCAAGCAGAUCGAACGGCGCUUGUGUGCGGAGGCUGCAUACCAGCCCCACGAAAUGCUACACGUUAUCGGCCUCUUAGUGGCGAGAAUGCUGAACCCAAUGACGCGUCGCUUUUCCCGGCACUGGGCAAUGACUGACGACGGAGCGAUUCCUGCUGGUAACAUUGGCAAAUUUAUGGCUAGAAACCGAUGCACUUCCAUUCUUCGUGACCUGCAUGUCGUGAAUAACGAGGCUCCACGAACUCGGGACAAGAUGUGGAAGCUUAGACCAGUUGUUGAAGUGCUGCAGUCGCGGUUUCGAUCAGGCUGGACACUGGGUAGUAAGUUUUCAUUCGAUGAAGGCGUCCUUCCGGCAACGUCGAAGCGCAACACCACGCGUAUGUUUAUGUCUGACAAACCGCAUCGCUAUGGUACGAAGCUGUUCAUGGUGUGCGACUCUGGCAGUGCGUACUGUCACCGAUUCGAGGUGUACGUUGGGAAGCGCGAGAAUGGGGAUUCGGAUAAACAAGCAUACGACAACAAGAUGGGAGCAGCAGCCGUUGUUCGAAACAUGAAGGCUUUGCUGGGAGAACGGCCUCAACGCUUUCGGCUUGCCGUUAUCGACAGAUUCUAUUCUUCCGUUCCACUAGCUAUUCAGUUACUGUCGAUGUGUAUUUACGUACUGGGAACGGUCAUGGUCAAUCGACUAGGAUUUGAUAAGCAAGUUGUUGAGAGCCGCAAGUCGCGUCCUCGUGCAGUUGAGCGAGGCUCUUUUGCAUUUUCACGGUCUGUUGCUGUCCCGACCAUGGUUGCGUGCCACUGGUGGGAUCGCAAACCAGUGCACUACCUGGCAACGGGUCCGAUCAUGAUGGAGGAUUCUAUUCAUCGCAACAUCAAGAUGGUCGGAUCGUCUACUUUCUAUUCGAUCCAGACAUCCUUCCGUUUCCAAAAGUAUUACAAAUCUCUACUCCUUGGGUUCGUAGACAUGGCGCUGGUGAAUGCAUAUCUGACGCACAAGGAAACAUGUCGAAUCAAGCGUCUUGUGCCUAAAACUCGUGGAGAAUGGUACCUCCUCCUGCAUAAACAACUACUGCAGCUCAAAGAUGAAGAUUUUGAGGAAGCUACCGUCCCGACACCCUCACCGAUGCUCCGCUGUCGCAAACGGCCCCGGUUGAAUGGGCACAAACACGUCCAGUUCGAUGACUGGGUCGUUGUUUCUGGCGUCCAAAAACGACAGCAACGUUCGUGCAAAGUAUGUGCUCUCCUCCGUGGUGCCCGCAAGAAAUCGUUCCAGACUACCUACUACUGCGAAGACUGCUCCCAAACUGACGCGAAAUGCUUCCUUUGCCCCAAGUCACGGCAUUUGUACGGCGGUGUGCGCAAGACGUGUUACCAGAUUUGGCAUGAGGACUUUGACAGUGGCGAGUCUAUUCCAGCAUCGCUUGGCAAGCGGGUCGUUUUGCGGCGAUCGGGCAAGGUUGGCACACGCAAACCAACUCGUCGUGAGCUGCUUUGUCAUGAAGACGGCGACGCUGGCAAUGAAGACGAACAGCCUGCUCAGCAGUCAGCAAUCGUAUGA